UGUUGCUGCCAUGGCCCAAAGCCGCGCUCAUCGAUGGGCCCUUCGUCUUCACCCCCGGCUUCUUCACCAAAAACUAGCCCCAAUCACUUGGACAAGCUCUGUUAUUGAUGGUGUUGAUGGCGACGAUGGGUACCCUGUGACUGUUUAUGGCCGAGUUACAACGAGUGAGCCAAGGGACAGGUGCCGGAGAGGCAGCGGAGCUCCAUGGUCCUCUUGGCUGAGCAAGGUGGCGAGACAUCCAGCAGCGGGAGGAGGGAGGACACAAAAGCUUGCAUGGACUCUGACCUGCUACCGGCUACCACUCCCUCUCGCUGCUCCUGGCGACCUCCCCAACCUGCAGCUUCCAGUAAGGUUAAAAUCAUGUCUGAGGAGGCGCAGACAUCAACAAUUGCACUCCGGUUGCUGCCGACCGGCUAUGAGCUCUCCGUCAAGAGCAGCUAAUCUACUGGGGCCGCUUUGCAUGCAGACAACACAGAAGAGGAAUCUGAUCUGCAUUGAGUCGAGGGUGCUGAGCGUGCCGUCCAGCUGCAUGCCAUUCCCCAGGCCCUCAUGGCGAAUACCAACCUGCCAGCGUACAAGUUGA